AUGGAUCUGCUUCGAUCGGAGCCAAUGCAGCUAGCUCAGCUCAUUAUACCGAUUGAAUCAUCUCAUCAGACUAUCUCUUGUCUCGGAGAUCUCGCCCUCUUUCAGUUCAAAGACCUAAAUUCUGAAAAGAGUCCUUUCCAGAGGACAUUUGCUGCUCAGGUAAGAAGAUGCAGUGAGCUCGCUCGUAGACUAUGUUUCUUCAAGGAACAAAUGGCCAAGGGUGGUGUCUCACCAUCAAUGAGAUUUACUUCUGAUGCUCAUAUUAACUUUGGUGACUUAGAGCUAAAACUUGGAGAACUUGAAGCUGAGUUGAGGGAGAUCAUUGGAAAUAAUGAGAAAUUACAACGAUCCCACGACGAACUUUCUGAGUACAAGCUUGUUUUGCAAAAGGCUGGUGAAUUUUUUUACUCAGCUCAAAGCGGUGCUGUGGAACAUCAGCGAAGAUCAUCUGAAGUGCACCACCAAAGUGAAGGAUCCAUGGACAGUCCUCUGCUUAAAGAGCAAGAAAUAUCGGCAGACCCAUCAAAAAUGGUGAAGCUUGGUUUCGUAAGUGGUCUUAUUCCUAGAGCAAAAGCAAUGGGUUUAGAAAGGAUUCUGUUCCGUGCAACCAGGGGUAAUGUUUUCUUGAAGCAAUCUGUUGUCCAGAAUUCCGUUGUCGAUCCUAUUUCAGGACUCAAGGUUGACAAGAAUGUGUUCAUCAUAUUUUAUUCUGGUGAAAGAGUGAAGAGUAAAGUUCUCAAAAUAUGUGAUGCUUUUGGAGCCAGUCGUUAUCCCUUUUCUGGCGACUUAGACCAACAAUCUCAAAUGAUCUCAGAGGCAUCUGGAAAGCUGUCUGAGUUGAAAACUACCAUUGAUAUCGGACUACGACAUCGAGACAAUCUGUUAUGUAACAUUGCAGAGCAGUUUGAAAAUUGGAACCUACAUGUAAAGAAGGAAAAAUCAGUUUACCACACAUUAAACAUGUUAAGUAUGGAUGUCACAAAAAAAUGCCUUGUUGCAGAAGGCUGGUGUCCUGUUUUUGCAACAAAACAGAUACAAGAUGCAAUGCAAAAGGCAUCUAUAGAUGGUAAUUCACAAGUGGGAGCAAUAUUCCAGGUUUUGCCGACCAAGGAAUCACCUCCUACAUAUUUCUGCACAAACAAGUUCACAUCUGCUUUCCAAGAAAUUGUUGAUGCAUACGGGAUGGCCAAGUAUCAGGAAGCAAAUCCUGGUGUGUACACAAUUGUUACAUUUCCUUUCUUAUUUGCUGUCAUGUUUGGAGAUUGGGGACAUGGCAUAUGCAUACUCCUUGCCGCUUUAUAUUUGAUAUUGAGAGAAAAGAAAUACUCCAGUCAGAAACUAGGAGACAUCAUGGAGAUGGCAUUUGGUGGUCGAUAUGUUAUAAUGAUGAUGGCUAUAUUCUCAAUCUACACAGGAUUUAUAUAUAACGAAUUCUUCUCAGUACCAUUCGAACUAUUCGGCCCAUCCGCAUAUGAAUGUCGAGACCAAUCAUGCAGGGAUUCCACCACCGCGGGCUUAGUCAAGGUGCACGAUACUUAUCCGUUCGGAGUGGAUCCUGUAUGGCAUGGUACUCGAAGCGAGCUGCCAUUUCUGAACUCUCUUAAGAUGAAAAUGUCAAUCCUUAUUGGUGUAGCACAGAUGAAUCUUGGAAUUAUUUUGGGAUAUUACAAUGCUAAGUUCUUCAAGAAUGAAAUAAAUAUCUGGUAUCAGUUUGUGCCACAGAUGAUCUUUUUGAACAGCUUGUUUGGCUACCUAUCUCUUUUAAUUCUUAUCAAAUGGUGCACUGGUUCUCAGGCUGAUCUCUACCAUGUUAUGAUUUACAUGUUCUUGAAUCCGGCUGAGGAAUUGGGUGAAAAUCAGCUUUUUCCGGGCCAAAGAUUUUUUCAGGUUUAAUUUUGACUAUAAAUUUACCAUAAAUAAAGAUCUUAUAUAUAUCACUGACGACAACACAUGUAUUGGCAGAUUAUUCUAUUACUACUUGCGCUUAUUGCUGUUCCUUGGAUGUUAAUCCCAAAACCAUUCCUUUUGAAGAAACAGUAC